AUGUUAUUUGAUUGUUCGUUGGACUUUCAUCGGCUGCACCAGAGUCGGAAGUUAAAGUUUAAUGGCUUCUGGAAAUUAGCCAAUGACUGCGCAUCACAUUUUCGUUCCGGGAUCGUUUAUGGAGAAAUCUGGAUUGGGGCUGACCGCCGACCCAACCGAAACUCCACGGACUCAACGCUUAAUUGUCAUUUCCGAGAGUUGAAAUCGCCAAGUAGGAAUUCCGGUCGAGAAUUUGGCAACGUCGUCAGGCCGGCGUGCAUCGUGGGUACGAAAAGGAACCGAAAGGGCACGAAAAGGGCCAAAAAUGGCCGCCGGCCGUCCACCCUCACCGCUGCUCACGUACAUGUAAUUGCGCUGCAACGUUGGAGUUGGGUUAUUUGUCGGCAACGGUAUCGCACAGCAGCGGCUAAGCAAAGGGCACAAUUCAUCAAGGAAAUAAAUCGGCACGAGCUAUUGCAGAUCAAAGCCUUGGACGGUGUUCGAAUUCACAGAGGAUUUUCAAAUCCAGUCAUAUGUCAAGCGAAGCCCAAGGAACUUGUGCAGCUAACAGCGAAGCAAAGAAUGAGAAUUGAAGAUAUUCUGGAAAGACCUUUUUAA